CAUUCUACAUUUGUUCUUUACACGAAUCGGAAUACGAGUUCAAUACCUCCAGAAAAAUCGUACAUAAAUAUUGAAAUUUUGGUGACCGGUAAAACAAAAUUUAUAAUGAAUAAGUGUAAUUCCUCUUUGAUACCGUAUAUACUGGACAUGCUUAGUCGGCAGCCGCAACUAUGCACCACUAAGGAUGAACUGAUUGAUAGUCUCAAGGAUAUAAUUCUCGAGGAGCACAUCGGUUCUUUUGGCAGCCUGAAGAAAGCGGUGGACUUUGCAUUGGAGGUGGGCGUCUACCUGGGCGUAAUAUCCCUGACCGACGAGAGGGUCCGUAUGCCCUUCAACUUUCGCAAGACCCGGCCCAAGUUCAAAGUGCCCUCUGGAAUCCGGAUUACGCCUCGUCUGGGGCGCCGGGUUGUCAAGCAAAGGAUGCCAAAGACUGUCGCUAAGGGGAUAAAGAAGAAGAAGGCAGGACGAAAGGUCCAGAAGAAGAGUCCCUAGGGAGGAAACCAUCCGCCAUAGUCCCAUGGGAUCACUCCAAUCCAAUAAACAAACGUACUGCGAUC